AUGAAAUAUUCCCGAAGAAACAGCCCUGGAAAUAAUAUGGAUCUUGUAAACCCGAAGGAAGCAGAUUUAAUUCAGCAAUCUGACAAACGACUUUACAUACUCCAACAGCUGAUAAGGUUGGAACUAGGAGAAGUUGAUCCAGAGUUUGAUCAGCAAAAUCAAAUUCAGGAAGGAGCAGAGUGGUUUGAGAAAUUUCCACCUGGACUUUUUCCGUCUGUUGACAGUCAAACCUGGGAACAAUUCUUUGAUUCAUAUUUCAGUGAUAUUGAGGGAGCAAUCAUUGAAAACAAAUUUGAAGUCUAUGCUCGGAAUAACCAGGGCAGCAUUUCAAAUGCUUCACAGGCCGCUUUUGGUUACAUAUUAAAAACGAUUGAUUUCAUGUUUGAGAGGCAUUUCAUUGCAGAGGAAAGAAUUAUCAAGCUCUUUCAAAACAAUGCGGCUCUGAAACUUCUCAGCAUCUAUGCAUUCCAUGAAUACCAGAAAGGAUUAUCUAUAUCCACGGGCUUGUUUCCAACAGCGCCUACUGCACAGGGUUUCUGGAAGUUUGGGUACAAAUUCUUUCAGGUUCUUACUCCUCAAACCAAUUUGAGGAUUGACUUUGAGUUGCUAAUUGCAAAUUUAUAUUUGGAGGGGCUGAAGUUCAAAAGAUUUGAAGAGUUUGAUGAUUUCUUUCUUUUAUUUUCAAGUGAGAAGUACCAUAACAUAUUCAAGGAAGGACGCAAAUCAGAUGGCCAAGCAUCUAUGGCUAGCAAUGAGAUACAUGCAGCUAUCCAAGAUGAUGUUGAAAAGCUCGUCAAAAUGCUUAAGAAAAUAUUAGAUGAACCAAAGCUAAAGAAGAAGCACUUGUUGGCUCCUUGUGUUUGUGAAGUGCUAGAUUUUAUAAGCAAAAAUAUCUCUGAAGGAAUAUUCAAUGAGGUCUUUGCAAAACAAGAAGAGCGCAUCAUGAUUGAAUACGAGUACCAUAUGAUAUUGCUACCUUCCAGGAUAAAAUAUACAAAGGCAGUAGCAAAUGAAUUCCGAGUUUUUGCCAAUAAAUUCAAGAAAAUCUAUGAUCCAUCUGAUGUCUAUGCAAUGAAUUCUGGAUAUCAUAAGCAAGUUGUCAAGCUUAAUUCUGCAUUUGUUGAAAAAUAUGAACACCUUUUCCAUAAUCAUCCUGAUCUGUAUGGAAGAAUCGUGGGUCUGCCAAGAUUGAGGAACAUGAUUCGUGAUGAGGUUCACAGGUGGAUUGGGUUGAACAGUAAAAGAUUGCGGAAGGCCAAAAAGAAAAUUGACUUGAAGGAUACAUGA